AUGCUUUUCUUCAGUUUCUUUAAGACCCUCACCCAACAGACUGUGACCGUCGAAUUGAAAAAUGACAUUUCCAUCCGCGGCACUCUGAAAUCUGUCGAUCAGUACCUGAACAUCAAACUCGACGACAUCGUCGUUCUGGACGAGUUGAAAUACCCCCAUCUGAGUUCGGUGAAGAAUAUCUUUAUUCGCGGUUCGGUAGUCCGGUACGUGCAUCUGCCUCCGGACAAAGUCGAUCGAGGUUUGCUGGAGGAUGCGUGUCGGAGGGAGGCGAUGGCACAGAGGAGCAAGGGUACGUGA